CAUCGCUUCGCUCUCUUCCCACACGGCAUAUAUAUCUUGUCUGUAUACAUAUUCCCAAUCGCAUCGCUUACGCGACCCAACUUAUAACAUCCACCAUGCCCUCAUCCUGGCUUGUACGCAUGCGCAAAGCCGAGCUAGCAGAGCUCGCGCAGAAAGCUAACCUUCCCGACGUCGACGGAAUGUUGAAGGAUGACCUAGUCGAGGCUCUGCAAGACCACCUCGAGGCUAACGAGACGACGUUCGCGAAGCAGUCCACCUUCAGCGAGUUUUACAGGCGCACUGGCAACGGAUCACCUGUCAAGCGCGAGCGCGCAUCGCCCAGCGAUGGAAUCGCGGUUACCAAGACGCGCAGACGUCAAACCCGACUACUCGAAAACGUAGACUCCGAGGAGCCUACACCGGAGAAGGCGCUGGUUACGCGCACCCCUCGAACUGUGUCCCGAGUAGCCUCGCGCGUCACUCAAGUCGACCUGCCCGCGUCGCCUGCCCAGCUCGCCGAAGUCGCCGAUCAGCAAUUCAAGGCUGCGAAAACGAAGGCGGGCGAGCUGUGGAAGAAGACGGGGACGGAGGAGAUAAUUGAGCUAGUCCGCGAGAACGCAAGCUCCGUCACGGCCGUCCAACUUGCGGUGCUGCUCAUCGAGUCCGUGGGGCUGCAAUGGAACACGGUGGCAACCGUCCAUGCCUUCGACACGCCCACAGUGCCGCAAUUGAGCUUGAACUCGCAAAACGUCUAUCUCCCCGACCUGCGUGUUCUUCUUACAAGCGAAUUCUGGGCACCUGCGACGCUGUGGUCGUUGACUAGCAUCUUCCUCCCCCUCCUCGUCUCCUACUUCUUCAACCUGACACUGCGGACCAACACGCGUCAUAAGUCGUCGAGCCGCGCGUACACUGUCGAUCCCCUGACUUUCAACAUCGUUAAGGCCAUUUCGCAGUACAUUGUGUACCAGACGUCCUGCGUCCCAAUUGCUCCUGCCGGCGUGGUUCCCGCCGCUCCAAUUCUUGCUUGCGCGGAGAACGUGCCCUUCGCCUUCUGGUCUGGAGAAACGGUCAAUCACGUGCGAACCAAGAUUCCCGGUCAAUACUAUGGCCUACAAAUUGGAGCUAUUGUUGGCGUCUUAAUCAGUUUGUAUGAUGCUGCGUUGAAGAAAUAAACCGCCCAUCAAAGCGACAUGACGUUGGAUUCGGGUAUGACAUGAGACUCAGGGACGGUAAAAGGAAUGAGUAUGACGAUAUGUUUCUUCUUACGGUAGGGUGUAUGGCUCGGGCUUGGUUCUCGGCGUUUCUGGAUUCAAUCUCUGUCUGUGUGUGGUUUUGUAUCUUCUCGCCACUGUUUGGAUUCUCGUCAGCAUUGGAGAUGGGAGGAUGGGGAUGGCGUUAGAGGCGCUUUGUUGGAUCCUCUCCAAGGGUAUCUGGUCCCUGGGAUGGCUUGUGAUUGGGUAUUGUUAUGUUGUUUGCUUUUUUGAUUCACUAUCAAUUCCCGCUGCUAAAUACUGGAUAUUGCAGGGUUGAGCUGCUUGCCUGUUUUGGUUGGCGGUAAUGGCCUGUGCGCUCACGUGAAGUGCACACUUGCUUCCAGCGCCUCGAUUGGC